AUGAUGUCUUUAGAUAUUUAAAGUGAUUAUUUGGAUUAUGCUUCAGUUCUGGAUGACAAGUACUUUAUUAUUGAUACAAUUGGAGUUGGCAGAUACGCAAAGUAAUUUUAGAAUGUUGAUUAUCAUAGAGUAAAGUUAGCCAUCGAUGUAUAAGAUAAGUAAAAGUACGCAAUAAAAAUUAUGAAGAAUGAUCCCACUGCAAAUCAAAACAAACUAUAACAAUUUAUAAAUGAGGUAUCUCAUUAAGCUGAGUUUGAACAUAAUAAUAUAAUAAAGAUUAUUUAAUGCAGCAUAAAUGGGAAGUACAGGAAAGUGGAUGGAAGAUUAUGUUAAGUGUCUUAUUUCGUAAUGGAAUUGGCAGAUCAAGGGGAAUUAUUUGAAUUGCUCGAAUAAACUCAUUAAUUCUCGGAGAAAUUUUCAAGGGGAAUAUUUUCUCAGUUGAUUAAGGGCAUUGAAUAUUUACAUGAAAGAGGAAUAGUUCAUAGAGACAUAAAAUCAGAAAACAUUUUAUUUAGCAAUGGUAUCUUGAAACUAGCUGAUUUUGGAUUCAAAUCUAAUUUGAGGUUCAACAAUACUUGGGAUCUCCAGAGUAUAAUCCACCGGAACUUUCAAAUACAAUUGGUAAAUAAAAAUAUUAUACCCCCGAAUCCGCUGAUGUAUUUGCAUCUGGAAUCUGCUCCAUUCAAAACCUCCAAAAAUACAGACCCUUAUUAUUCUCUUUUAAAACAGGACAAGCAAAAGUUUUGGCAAGUGUUCUAAGAGUUGAACAAUAACAUAUCUCAUCAAUUUAAAGAUCUCAUCGAGAAAAUAUUAGAGGAAAACCCAUAAAAGAGAAUCUCCUUGGAGUAAAUUAAGAAGCAUCCCUGGAUGUAGGGUUAGAUUUCUAAUUUGGCUGAUUUUAAAACAGAAAUUAACAAUAGAUAUGAGAUAGUUUAAAAUAAAAUGAAGGAAAAAAUAACAUUUAGAAGACAAUAGAAAUUUACCAACAGAAGGUAUCAAAAGAGAAUUGAAAUGUCUAUUCCUAAUCUCAUUCCACCAAAAUAUCUAUAAGAAAGUUUAGUAGUUAUUGAUGAUAUCAAUGAUAAAUUGCAGAAGAGAUUAUUACCAUAAGCCUAUCAGGAUUAAAUAAGUUAGCAAGCUUAGCCAACAGCCGAAUUUAAAAUUAUUGAAAUACAAUAGAAAACUAAAUCUAAAAGAUAAUUAGAAGGAUCUAAAAAGUCUAGCCCUGCUACUCCUCCUAAUGAUUCUGAUAAUUGA